AUGGAAAGAAAAGAAUUAGAAAAACUGGCUCAGAAAGUUCAAUUAGAAAUCAAAGAGAGCGAAUUAUCGUUUUGUUUGGAGACUUUUUCGCACUUGGAAAAAUUACUGACCAAUUUUAAAAAAGAAAAAGUAGGAAAGGAGGUCAAACCCAUGGUCAGAAUUAAUGUCGGUCACUUAACCUUGAAGGAUUUAAAUAGAUUAAAAAAAAAGUUUACUCAGUCAAGGGUUAGCAAGGAAGUCCAAGUAAAAAAUUCUCUGAAUACUGAUGAUGGCUUUGGAGGUGUGGCCGAGCGGUUGAAGGCGGUAGUCUUGAAAACUACUAAUACUUUUGUAUUCAAGGGUAUUGCUCUUUUCCAUUUAAUUUUUAUUACUUUAUUUUGUACUUUGCCUCAUGAGUUUGGGCACGCGAUAGUCGCUAACUGUUUUUCUCGAAAAUUAUUCAAAUAUGAAAUUAGGUUCGGAAAAUUACCUCUUAUCGGUGGUUCUACCCAUCAUAGUGGAGGAAGUGAGGGUAGGUUAAUUAUAAUGGCGUCUGGACUAGUAAUGAAUUUAUUACUGGCUUUGCUUGGUUGA